GGCUACAUGAACAUGCAGCUUGCAAACACAGAAGAAUACAUAGACGGGGCGCUGUCUGGACACCUGGGUGAAGUUUUAAUAAGGUGUAACAACGUCCUUUAUAUCAGAGGUGUUGAAGAAGAGGAAGAAGAUGGGGAAAUGAGGGAAUAG